AUGAUUCAGCCCACCAAAUUCUUGUGGGACAACCUCCUUCAAGCCAUUCAAAUUCAGACAGAAAUUGUGGAAUACUUGGAAUGUGAUGAUACGACAUUCGACAACACAACUGUGGAAUAUUAUCGAACUCUUUUGAAUCAAUGCAUGAAAUUUCUCGGAGCUAUUUCAUCAUCCGAAAACGACAAUGAUAACCACUGUAAUGUUCACUCAACGUUGGAUCAUCAUUGGAGCAACACAUGGAAUGAAUUAUUGAACCGAUUUCAAGACAUUCAUCUCCAAACAACAACCACAACGAGAAAUGCAAAGCUUUUGAGACAACAGUUAAAUGAACUAUUCAAAUCCACGAAGAAAGCCUCUGCAGAAUAUACGUGUUUAGUUGCCAUUCAGGUCGGUUCUUUUGAUUCAUCUUGUACAGUGAGUCAUGUCCAAAACUCGCAAGAAAAUCCAUUAGUCUCAACCCAACGAGCUUGUCUUUUAUUAGAGAAAGGUCUUCGACACAGAAUUGUGCAAUUCAUUCAACAUUCAAUGCUCUAUGGAGUGCCUCUUCCAACUCAAGGAGAACUUGAACAACAAACUUCUUGUGGUAGCAGUAACCUCAAACCUGCAUCGUCUAAAGUCUUGUCUCAAAGCGAAUCGAUCAUGGCUUGCAUCUAUGCAUGUUUCAUUUUGCAUGAUUUGGAAAUGAAGAUUGAAGCAGAAUCUAUACUCUCAAUCCUUAAGGCAGCAAAUAUUGAAAUACCUGGAGUCUAUGCAACGAUUGUUUCUACCUAUUUAGGAAAAGACAACCAGACUCUCUUAAAAAAAGUGUUAGAAUUGAAUUCUGGCAGUUUUGGACAAGUAGCGCAAUCAGGAAGCUCCAACUCCAAUGACAUUGUUAUCCAUGAGGAAAAGUAUGGAAUACCAAGCCAACAGUCUGACGAGGAAUUUGACUUUGCGUUUUUCUAG